CGAACGGGUCGAAAAGUAAAGAUACUGGAUGCCGAGAUGCCAGAAUUGCUGAAACGAAAACUUAUGUUGGAAGAAGGACCAAGCUCUCUGCCAUUUGACGAUACUCUUUCCGUUCACUAUGUGGAGGAAAAGAUUAAGCUAGGCCUCGGAGGCGGGCUUGCCGAGCGAGUAGCAUUGCGCCUUAGAAAUGAGUGGAACGCGACGAAAAUCCAAAGUCGAGCGAGGUUCAGCAUCUACGAAAAGUUUGAUGCAGACGAAGAAGACUGCAACAUGGACGUGAAAGCCAGUGUGCCAGCAAAAACUCUACGUGCCUUGGCUCUUUCGAACAUACUACGCGGUUUCUCAUUUCUGCCCGGUAGUGAGCACCUGUUAUGUGCUCACAGUGGUCUAUUGUACAUCUUAGGACGCUUUCUGCAGCUCCUAUCUAAUGAGAUUAAUCAAAUGGUAAUGUCAAAUCAAGAUGCACCACUACCAGAGCCAGAGUCGUUUGAUGCCGCCAGAAAGCGCGCUUUAUCGUUGCUAGACUGUGAUGAUUGUGAACAAGUGUUGUUGGUUGAGACAGCAAAUCAGCUGAGAGAUGAUGCGUUUGUGAUACUGUGCCAUAUGAGUGUGGCGCUCGACCUGUUCGAAGUGCCCAAUGAUUUGGCUUAUCCAAUUUAUGACGGCAUUCUUCACUGGUGUGCAUCGAGUGUCCCUGAAGCAACCGAUCCAAUCCCACCUGCGGCAGUCUCUCCAAGAAACUAUUCAUUGGAAAUCAUGUGCAAAAUGUCGGUUUUGGAGAGAAAUGUGGAUAUGCUAUUAUCCACAGGAGCAUGGCCUCGAAUAGAAAAGAUUGUCCGCAUGCUUGCCAGGAUGCUUAGCAUGAGCGAGGAAACGCACAAUAGAGAGUUUGCCAUCGUAAUCCUGAAUGCGUUCUGUAAUGCAUCUGAAGCCGUUUGCUAUGUAGCAGCGAUGCAAACACCAACCAUUCAAAACCUAGUGUCAUUCAUUGAAACAUCUGACCAGAGCAUGCACCAGGUGAUGCAAACGCAUGGUAUGCCAGCUUUGCGUGACAAUCCAGAAAUGAUGGGCACCUCUGUGGGAAUGCUUCGAAGAGCUGCGGCAAUGUUGCGCCUACUAGUUAAAGUUCCAGAAGCCUACCGGGUAUAUGCAAAGUAUCAACAGCGACUACUGCAGUUUACGAUGAGCCAGCUGAUGGAUUCUCGAGUGGCCGGUAUGAUCGCAGAUGCGUUGUAUGAGAUCCAGUUGAUGCUCGGCAAAGAAAACAUGCAGAAUGAGACGAUAGAAGAAACAAAUGGCAAAGGCAACGGAGGUGCGCACAAAACAUUUAAAGCAUAUUUCAAGCUUAAAUAUAUUUUUUCUCUCUUCUUAGUUUUUUCUAAUGUUGAAAUUUUCUGUUUUCUCGUAGUCUAA